GAUAAAUAAAAUAUGGAAAGGAAAAGGACUACCAGAAGAUUGGAACAAAGGCGUAAUUAGCCCAAUACACAAAAGAGGAGACAGAAACGAAAUAAAAAAUUACAGAGGGAUAACGCUAAUGGAUUCAGCGUACAAAAUAUAUGCAAGUAUUUUGAACAAGAAACUAGAAAAGGAAAUAGAAAACAAGCUAAGAGAGACACAGUUUGGCUUCAGGAAGGGAAGAGGAACCAUGGACGCAGUCUAUACUGUGAACUACAUAGUGAACAGAGAACUAAGCAAGAAAGGAGGAAAAAUAUUCAUAUUUUUUGCGGAUUUAAAAGCAGCCUUCGACAAGGUGAACAGAAAACUGCUGAUAGAGAUGAUGGAGAAGAUGGAAAUAGAAACAAACUUGAGAUAGAGGAUCACAGAAAUAUAUAAAGAGACAAGUAACGUAAUAAAAAUAGGAGAAGAAAAAUCGCAAGAAUUUUGGACAGAAAUAGGACUCAGACAAGGAUGUCCACUAAGCCCAGUCUUAUUUAACAUAUACAUAAAAAAUCUAGAAGAAGAAAUGGAAAAAGGGCAGGUUGGAGGAGUCGUAGUAGGCAAAGAAAAAAUCCGGACAAUAAUAUCCGCAGACGACAUCGUUUUAUUGGCAGAGAGAGAAGCGGAACUGAAAGAGAUGAUGAAGAGAUUCAGAAAAUACUUAGAGAAGAAGGAGCUGAGCCUAAGCGCAGACAAAUCGAAAGUAUUGGUUUUCGAAAACGGAAGAGGAAGAAGAAAGAAGAGAGAAUGGAAAUGGAAAGAAGAAAACAUAGAGGAAGUCAAGGAGAUAAGAUAUCUUGGCUACACGCUACAAAAAAACGGAGGCGCGGAGAAACAUACAAGGAAAAGACUACGAAGAGCAACAAUAGCAAUGAAAAGGACAUGGAGCAUAGGAGAAAGAAUAUUCAAAGAAGACUUCAGAAGAAGAAUAAAAAUGUUUGAAGCACUAGUAGGAAGCGUGGCCCUAUACGGGGCAGAAGUAUGGGGCUGGAGAGACGAAAAAACAUUAGACGGAAUAAAAAGGAAAUAUACAAAAUGGAUAUUAAAUCUGGACAGAGGAACACCGAACUAUAUACUGCUGGAGGAGACAAAAAUGGAAGAGAUCAGAAUACAGGCGAUCAAAAGAGCACUCAGAUAUGAAGAAAAAGCGAGACAAUCAGGGAAGAAAAUAGUGAAGGAAUGCAUAAGAGAUCUGGAAAAGAGACGGCCAGAAGCAGAAGAAGGGAAAUGGGAAAGAAAGAGGAAAAAGAUGUUAGAGGAGGCAGGAAUAAACAAAGAACAAUUAAGAAGAGAAAGAGAGACAGGAAACGAGGAAAUAACAGAGAACAUCCUGAAAGAAUUAAAAACUAGAGAGAGCAGAAGAAGACAACAAAAGAUAAAUGAAUCUAGAUAUAACACUGACUACAAAGCGAUUAUACCAGAAGAAAGACCGAAAUACCUGGAGGGAAGGAUGAAGAAGAAAGACAGGUGUCUGAUAGCAAGAUACAGAUGCGGAAAUGAGACGAGAGGCAGCCAGUAUUGGAGAGAGGAAGCAGAAAGAAGAUGUAGAAUUUGCAAAAGAGAAGAAGAGAGUCUGUACCAUAUGAUCAAAGAAUGUGAAGCAACAAAGAGUGAAAUGACGUUAGAAGAAAUCAUAGGAGAAGAAGGAAAGGGGCUACAAACGAUGAAAAGGAUAGAAAAAGUGAGAAUGAAGACGACCACAAAUGAGAAAGAAGAGAGAGAAAACAGCAAGAAGAAAGAAGCAAAAGAAAGUUAAAUUACACCAAAGACAUUGUAUUGACAACGGCAAUGUAGAUUCACCUGUAAAGUUAUGAUCAAUUAACCAUGGACUAAAGUCUAGCAGAUGCAUAUGUAUACAACCUUUAAGUCUAAUUUUG